AUGGCGAACAUUGAACAGCAAAUCCAAGCCCUGACAAGUCAGGUGCAUCAGCUCACUGCUCAACUUUCCUCGCAGCAGCAAGAGCUUGGCAACACACGUGCUGCAUUGGAACAACAAACCCAAGCAACCAAUGCCGCACUGUCGGUGGCACAGUCCGCUAUCACCCAGUUAGCCGCGAGCAGCACACAAGCGCAAGCCGCGGAGUCCAGACGCAGGCCACUCAAUCCUAAGUUGGUGAAACCUCCAGAGCCGUUUCUGGGCACCGACGCCGAUUGGGAGCGUUUCAAAUUCAGUUUCACUUCUUGGAUCGGCACUGUUGAUCCGGAAUACCCGCAAUUGUUGUCUGAUGCAGCAGCGCAGCCGGAUGAAAUCGAUUCGGUCGACAUGGUGGAUCAGGAAAGUCAGUGGCAACGUGGCCUUGAAGAGUGGGAAGGCGAAAUUGCCAAAUAUGAACGUGAGUACAAGAAGGUUUUCGAUCCAGACCUUAAGCUCGCGAUACUGUCUGAAGUUGCUCCGAAAGCCCUCGCCCCACAGAUUGCCAUGAAUUCCGCCCAUUUGACAACGUACAAAGCACUGCGAGAAUUCAUCGUGCAAUACUUGAAGUCCAAAAACUUGUGGAAGCGUGGUGCUGGUACAGCUUUUGGAUCCGCCUCAGCUUCUGCACCGUUGACUCCGUACUCUGGGCCUGCUCCUAUGGAGAUCGGAGCGUUCGACGCCACAGAUGCCAAACCUAAAGGUAAAGAGGCUAAGGGUGGUAAGGGUGGUAAAAAGGGCAACCCAGAUAAAGGGUCUAAAGGUUUGCAAACUAAAGGAGACGGUAAGGGCAAGGACAACAAGAAGGGUGAUCCGAGCAAUGGGAAGCCAGGAAAAGGAGCACCGUGCGCCAUCUGCGGCCCAGAGAAAGGCAAGAACCACAGCACGGAUGCCUGCUUCUUUAACGCGCGCACAAAUCCCAAAGGGGAUAGCAAGGGCAACAAACGUGGUCCGCCACAAAACGCAUCAGCUGAGGGCGCGAUCGACUCUGACAAGAACGUGGCGUCCACCAUAUCGGCACUCCAGUCUCAGCUGGAUGCACUUCGUGUUGCCAGCGCGGCGCCGUCACAGCAGAGUGCUGGUCGCAAGGGCCAGGGUGCAAUUCAAGAGAUGUUGUUUGCAAUCAGUGAAUCUCCGGUUCAGGCUGUCGAGAUCACUGAACACAUCGCUGCAGCAUCUUCCGUGAAGUACGUGUUGGUCGAUUCGGGCGCCACCACCAGCUGUGCAGAUGAGCAGUGUUUUCCGGCAGCUGCGGUUGACCCAGCAAGGCGGAAAGAGCUGUGGGCCAUCAACGGCACUCGAAUUCGACACAAAGGUGAACUCACCGCUUCUACCGCCAUCCCGGCAACAGACUGCCAUGGUCAAGACACCAAGAUCCCAGCAUCCUUCCGCAUGGACGUGACUGACGACGGAACCUGUCAUGGCAUUUUGUUUGGUGCGCGGUUUUACAUGCCGUAUGAGGAUAGGCAUCCCCAUCACGCUACCGCAGAGUUCGUUGCAGCGGAAAUCGAUGGUGAUGAGCUGUCCAUAGACUAUUCUCCCAGUGAGCCAGGCUCCAAUGCCGCGGAGGCUGCCCUCCCAGACAGCAUCGACGUUGACGUGGAGCCUGCGUUGCCACAGCCUGCUGCGCUUCCUGUUCCAGACGCCCCGACUGACGAGCAGCGAGCUCACCACAAUCUCACCCAUGCUGACUUUGCACCAUGGUGCCCUCACUGCGUCGCGGGGAAGGCCCCUGACGCCCAGCAUCGACGCCAAAACAAGCAUGAGGAUCCUGAAGUCCCUGUUCUCCAAGUAGACUAUCAAUUCUUCAGCCGAGACGGCCAGUUAGUCGAAGAGGAAAGUAGAACCGCCACGGUGCUGACAGGGACUGACUUGUCAUCUGGGUGGCCGAUGAUGGCGUUCGUACCCCAAAAAGGUGCCGAUGCAUACGUCGUGAGAGCCGUCGUGUCUUGGGUGAAACGCCUCGGGUAUGCAAAAGUCGUGAUUCAGCAUGAUCAAGAGCACGCAUUGCGCACUGUUGUAGAGCAGGUACAAAAAGAGCUCGGACAUGAUCGUGUCCAAAUCCGAGCUGCGCCUCGUUACAGCCACGCGAGCCAAGGCGGCGCUGAAAAUGCAAACCGGCUGAUGGCUGGCAUGCUUCGCACUUGGCUCAGUGCGUUGAAUCAAGCAUACCCCAACCCAGCAGAACCACUCGACAUCAACCAUCCUGUUGUGCCUUGGCUUUGCAGAUGGGUCGCUUUCGUGUGGGCCCGAUACCAUGUCCAAUCCGACAAGUUGACACCCUAUCGCAUUGUGUCUGGGCGGGAUUAUGCCACACCCAUUGUGCAAUUCGGCGAAGUGCUGUUGUGUAAAGUUCCGAACACACACUCGUUGAACAAGUCAAAACCACGGUGGUUUAAGGGGUUGUUUGUCGGGAGGUUAGAGUUAGAUGAUUCGGCUGUCAUUUUGACAAAUGCCGGUGCCAUCACCGUGCGAUCCAUUCGCCGCGUCCCAGCAGCAGAUCAGUACGAGGUGAGCUACCUCAACGAUGCCUGUGGCCUACCGUGGGCACCUUCCGGCAAACGCAGCAAGGUCCGCACACAAAGCAGCAAUGUUGUUGCAGUGCCCAUUCCGGCAUCGGAUCCCCCCGCGCCUGCGCCGAAAGCUUCAGGCGACGUGCAGUCGGCACAGCCCGACGUUAGUUGUCCAGGACAAAUCUGCAUCAGACCUCCAGUCAUGCCCGAUGCACCAACGUCGUCAGAUUCACAUGAAUCACGUGCACUUGGGCCAGGGAGCGGUCAGAACUCAGUCCCUGGAACGCCAUUGUCCGAAGCACGGGGCAUGACGCCUGACAGUUCGCAUCGCAUGACGAUGACCCCGCCAACACCGCCAUCACCGUUCGCGCGUGAGAUAGAAGGACCAGCUUCCCCAUUCCGCGGAUCUGGCUCUAUGCAGAUUGAGCGGGAUGCCCCUACACCCACAGGCGUCAAUGCAAUUCCAUUACCCAGUCCAGUGCACAGCACAGACAAGCGCCCGUUGCCUCAGCCUUCCGAGCCCGCUGCCGCGGCCACAGAGUCGCAGCCCAAGGUUCCCAAAGUAGGCACAAUCAGCAGCGCCCUGCAGCAGAUCCAGGAUUGGGCACGCAGUGGUCAGUGGGAGCAGAAGAUAUGUUCAGUCCUCGAUUUGCUCGAUACGCAGCUUGAUCCGCGCGAAGUGGAAAAAGCCAGAGAUGUGCAAAUGGCCACACUUGUCGAAAAGCAUUUUGCAGUCCCAAAGCUCAAGUCCGAAAUCCCGCGCAAGUCAAAGCUGUUCAACUUCAAGUGGGUCGACGAAAUCAAAAGGGGAGUGUAUCGAUCGCGGUUUACAUGUGCAGACAUCAAAAAGAAGUACUCCAAAGAAGAACUAGCCGAAGAAACCAAUACGUUCGCCCCGACGCCGUAUGAAGAAUCACAUGUUCUUCUUGAGCUGAAAUGCCUCGCAAAAGGGUGGCAUACACGCUCCGGCGACGUUCGUUGUGCAUACCUGCUUGGUGCAGAUUCAGGCGACAGUAGUGGCAACCCUGUCCAUGUUCGCAUGCCCCCUGAGUACGUCAAAUACUUUCGCUCGUGGUUGUCGGAGCAAAGCGCGGAAACCAAGUCCAAGUUCGAAAACAUCACCGAUGUGGAUUUAUGCAAGCAAGUGGUUCUCGAACUGGUAGGAAACUUGUAUGGCCGACGACCUGCAGGGAGUAACUACCGGCAGGAGUUUGAGAAGGUGGUCACUGAGCGCUUGGUGCCAAAAGGGUAUCGGUUCGUGCGCGGCCGGCGCGACCCCACAGUGUACACGUGCGCGGCAACAGAUGCCACAUUGCUGCACCAUGUUGAUGAUUUUCGGAUUGGGGCUUCCGACCCGGUCCAGGACCCUUUCCAGGCUGGGCCCGGCUCCCGGUCCCGCUUGCGGCUGGGCUGGCCACGCGCGUCCGAGGGCCGUGCCCGCGACGGCCUGCUGGACUGCGAUGGAGAUGAUGCCUUGCCAUCGCCUGGACCAGCCGCCCGCAGCCGCUGCGCGAACAGCUGGCGGCGCGCGUUGCGCGCGGAGAUGGACGAGAUCCCGCAGGAAGCGGAGCGCCUGUGCGUUCCAUCGCCCGCCAACCUCUGCUCCCAGCACGACCAGGCGCUGUGGCCCGCCACAUGUGAGUUCGGGGUAAGCCGUCUGCUUGCGGCGCUCCGCGACCUGUAG